AUGGCCGAAGUUCAGAAUAAUCCCGCAACGACCACCGAGACGACGGCGACGACCACGGGCGCGCCCGCGGACGAGUCGCAGAUCAUUCAAGAGGCGCCUCUGUUGUCCAAGGUCAGGUAUGGCGCGACGGCUUUCGCGAUCCAGAACUUCGUGGUCAAGCCUGCGCUGUUCCUCCGCGACGUCAAAGCACGCAUCAUCCCGUCUGAGCAUCGCCCCGACUUCGUGAAGACGUACGAGUGCCGACCGUAUCUUCCUGUCAGAAUGUUCUUCCCCAAGUGCUUUGACAAGACCUCCAAGGAUAAGCUGCCUGUUCUCUUCACUAUUCACGGAGGUGGUUUCGUGCUCGGAACUCCCGACGACAACGAUGACUGGAACGCGGCGUACGCUACUCAGCAUCACUCCAUGGUGAUCGGACUCAACUAUGCCAAGGCCCCUGGCAACCCGUUCCCAGGUCCGAUUCAUGACUGCGAAGAGCUCUUCCUCGCCUCUUUGAACGAUGAGUCCCUGCCCAUAGAUAAGACCAGAGUCGCUCUGGCGGGUUGGUCUGCAGGUGGAAAUCUCUGUCUUGCGGUCUCGCAGCUGGCUUCCGUGAAGAAGCACUUGUCCGCUAUUGUUCCACUGUAUCCCUGCACGGAUCUCUCCCUCGAGGCGGAAGAGAAGGCCAAGUCGCGACGAUACAAGCCUGAUCUGGGCGGUUUCCGCGCCAAGGAGAAGGACUUCCUACUUAGCAUCGCCCCUGUGUUCGACUGGUCUUACAAGGUCCCGGGCGAAAGCGCUCGCAACCCGCUUUUGAGCCCUGCAUAUGCGCCAAAGGAUGCUUUCCCAAAGCAAGUCUUCAUGAUCGGCUGCGAACUCGAUCUGCUUGCCCACGAAGGUCAGCGACUCAUUCACAGCCUGGCUGGGCGCCCGGCCCCUCCCGCUGUUGUGGGCAAGGAAGAGACCGUGGAGAAGGGCGAGCUCAUCCUAGACGACGAGAGGUUCCACUUUGAGGUUUCGAACCCGGAUGGAAGUCGAUACAGGUGGUUGCUCGUGCCCGACACCGUUCACGGAUUUGACCAGCAUCUGGAUGGCAUCGUCCGUGACCCCGUUUUGCUUGAAGACGCCGAGAUCAAGACGCAAAAGACAAUCAAGAUGAUUGGAGAGUGGGUCCUCAAGGCACCUGCAACGACGGCCUCGUCUUGA